AUGCUAAUGGGCGCGCGCUCUGCUUCGCUUGUGCGCGCACCUGCAGCAUCAAAUAAUGUCAAGUUGUCGUUCACCUUUGUUGUUUUGGUAUUGCUAUCAAUAAUAUCAUCAUGUUCAUGCGGCGGCUCUUCAGAUGCUGAGGCGCUCUUGAAGUUCAAGGAUUCAUUGAAGAAUGUGGUAGCCCUUAGCAGUUGGGAUCCAUCCAUAAACCCAAAGCCACCUUGCAAUGGCAACAUUUCCAAUUGGGUUGGCCUGUUUUGUUUGAAUGACAAGGUUUGGGGGUUGCGACUUGAGAACAUGGGUCUAACAGGCAACAUUGAUGCGGGAUCCCUCGCUUUAAUGUCCGCUCUUCGGACCAUUAGCCUAAUGAACAAUACCUUUGUGGGUCCCUUGCCCAACAUCAAGUUGCUGCCAAAUUUGAAAGCCCUCUUCUUGUCCUACAACCAUUUCUCAGGGAACAUACCUGACGAUGCAUUUGCCGGUUUGCUUAAGCUGAGGAAAUUGUAUUUGGCCAACAACGAGUUUACCGGCAAAAUUCCUUCCUCCCUUGCUACCUUGCCUAUUCUGCUCGUCCUUAGGCUCGACGCCAACAAGUUUCAAGGUCAAAUCCCUGAUUUUCAACACAACAAUUUGAAGAUCAUCAACCUCUCUAACAAUGAGUUAGAGGGUCCCAUCCCGGCCAAUCUAACCACCUUCGAUGCAUCCUCCUUUAGAGGCAACACACGUCUAUGCGGGCCACCUCUGACGAAUCGGUGUCAAGCAACCGUGGAUGAGACUCCAGCAAGAAUGCGCAUUCUGAAAAUUUUACUUAUAAUAUUCAUGAUAGCAUUCAUACUAGCCAUCCUGGUUGCAGUCUUGGUCAUACGCCGCGUGAGGUUCAGGUCCCAAUCCCAAUCCCAAUCCGAAUCCGAAUCCCACUUUAAGGCCUCAACGUUCCAGGCCUCCAACAAAUACGUUACUCCCACUUAUGUCAAAACCAAAAGCCUAGCGGAACACUAUGAUGCAGUUCCUAAGGAUCAUGGUCAUGGACAUUCAAAGAGGGGGGAACAAGGCAAGCUGACAUUCCUCAGGCAUGACAGACUCAAGUUUGAUUUACAGGAUUUGCUAAGGUCCUCUGCUGAAAUUCUUGGCAGUGCCGCUUUUGGGUCUUCCUACAAGGCUGUGGUUCUCGACGGCCAAGCCGUGGUUGUCAAGAGGUACAAACAAAUGAACAAUGUGCCCAGAGAGGAGUUCCAUGAGCACAUGAGAAGACUUGGCAACCUCAACCAUCCCAAUCUUCUCCCUCUCUUGGCCUAUUAUUAUAGGAAAGAAGAGAAACUCUUGCUCACUUCCUUUGUUGACAACGGUUGCUUGGCCAGCAAUCUUCAUGGUAAUCAUAACUAUCAAAAGCCUGGGCUUGAUUGGCCAACCCGCUUGAAAAUCAUAAAAGGUGUAGCGAGGGGUUUGGCUUACCUAUACAAUGCACUCCCAAGCGUGAUUGUGCCUCAUGGUCACCUCAAAUCUUCAAAUGUGCUUUUGGAUGAAUGUUUUGAGCCUCUACUAACUGAUUAUUCCCUGAGUCCUAUGAUCAACCUUGACCAUGCUCAACAAAUCAUCAUGCCUUACAAAUCACCCGAGUACGCUCAACUUGGACGCAUUACAAAGAAGACUGAUGUCUGGAGUCUAGGAAUUCUCAUACUUGAGAUCUUGACUGGCAAAUUCCCAGAGAACUAUCUCACACACAGGCAUAAUCCUGAUUCUGACAUAGCCAGUUGGGUCAAUAUCAUGAUUACCGAGAAACGCACCAGUGAUGUCUUUGACGUUGAGAUGACAGGAAUCGGAAACAGUAAAGCUGAAUUGCUCAAACUCUUAAAGAUUGGCUUGAGUUGUUGUGAGGAGAAUGUGGAAAGAAGGCUCGAUAUCAAGGAAGCUCUUGAGCAGAUUGAAGACUUGAAAGAGGGUGAAACUGAUGGAGAUCAAUACUCUUCAACUCUCAUCACCACAGAAAGGGAUGCUUAUAGAGCUGUCUGA